ACCAAUAUCAAUGGCAUGUCUCUGACUUGGGUUUCAAUUGUUAAAGAAAAUAAGUAUUUAGGGUCUGUUACCGCUCUAGAUGAACUUGCAUUCAAAUAACAACUCAACCUACAACAGUUAAUCGAGUGGCUGCAUGUUGUGGCAGAAAUGAGACAGUUGCUUUUCCUUGCUAGUGCGGCAGUGCUUAUAUACAGUAUCGUUCAUGAUCCCAUCGGGAAUCCUGCUGCAACAACAAUUUUAGAACCUAAUAUAACCUGUGGAAACCUAACGUGCUAUGGACCAAAUACCGUAAGGUGCAAUCUUACAGAUCAAGAACCUUGCGAGUGCAAAGUCGGUUUCGAUGGUCCUAUGUGCGAAUCUGACUUCGACGAGUGCAAAAAAGGACACCCUUGUAGAAACAGAGGACCAUGCACCAACACAUUAGGGAGCUUCAGUUGUACAUGUCUCCAAGGAUGGGUUGGUAAACAAUGUGAAAAUGAAACGGUAGAUCCGCAGUGCAUGCCCGGAUGGAAGUUACCAAGAUGCACAACCGAUAUUGACGAAUGCAGUGAUACAUCGCUUUUUACAUGCGGCUCCCACCAGCUAUGCAAGAAUAACCAAGGCAAUUACACCUGUGUAUGCGAUAAAGGGUGGUACAGCACAGACUGCAUGCUGGACAUCGACGAAUGUGAGCAAAAUCCAUGUAAGAAUUCGGGAUCCUGUAACAAUACACAGGGCUCAUACCAAUGCCAUUGUCUCCCUGGCUGGACUGACACUAACUGUGUCACUGAUGUCGACGAAUGCGCUUCGUCUCCGUGUCUCCAUGGUGGAACGUGUCUAAACAAUAACGGUUCUUAUACAUGUUCAUGUCCUGAAGGAUGGACUGACAGAAACUGUAACACUAAUGUAAAUGAGUGCACAAUGUUUUCACCAUGUGUGAAUAAUGCAACAUGUACCGACACAGAAGGCUCUUAUGACUGCUCAUGUGACCCUAAAUGGACGGGAAAAAACUGUUCGAGCAUGAAUUAUUGUUUAUCGUCCCCAUGCUCAAACAACGGCACGUGUAACAAUCAACCGACCGGGUAUAAUUGCACUUGCUCAAGAGGAUGGUCGGAAGAGCAUUGCACAAUAGAUAUAGAUGAAUGUAAGGAGCCAAUACCACCACCCUGUUUAAAUAGUGGCAAUUGUACAAACACAAACGGGUCAUUUUAUUGUGAGUGUCCAGUGGAAUGGGAAGGCGAUGCAUGCGAAACCGAUGUGAACGAGUGUUUGACCGCUUCUUCACCUUGUUUGUACGAUACGACGUGCAACAAUACGAAAGGAUCAUUUACCUGUAUUUGUGGCAGCGGUUUAACAGGUCGCAACUGCGAGACUGAUGUGGACGAAUGUCUAACAGCGCCAUGUUUGAACAACGGGACAUGUAACAAUACUAUUGGUUCCUUCAACUGCGCAUGCGCACAGAACUGGACGGGUUCAAUGUGUGAAAUAGACCUCUUGGCGAGUUUUGCACCAUUUUCUGGUGGUGCGGGUUUUGGAACGGAGAACACGUGGGUAAUACUAGGUCCGAUUCUAGUGUGUCUCUUGAUAAUAGGGGGCCUGGUUGCUGGAAUUGUGAUCUUCAAUAAGCUGCAGUCGAUCAAAGCUCAGCAAGAAGUAGCCAAGAUUGCUUUUGAUAAAACCAAAACCCUCGAACCCACCGCCAGUGACAAGGGUGAGGCGUCCGCAUCUGACGUAAGGCCUACCGUAGCUGACAGAAUCAAGGGUACGUUCGCAGCGGGGGCCAUGCGGCUGCAGGCCCUUGGUUCCGGAUUGUUGAAUGGCAUAAAAGGACUUGUUACGCGAGAGAAUGUCAGAAAACACUCCCGGUCCUCAGUACAUUCAGCCCCAAGUGCGGAAGAUCCUCUCAUCAAUCUACGACAUCAUGUGGAAAGACAGUUUAUUAAUAUUGAGAGGUCUCGCAUUGUCAAAAAAUUCUACUUACAACACUCGAUCGCGUGGCUGCAUUUUAUGACAGACAUGAGACAGUUGGAAAGUGUGAUAUGCUUUGUUAGUGUGACGGUUCUUGUAUACAGCAUCGUUCAUGAUUCCAUCGGGAAUGUUGCUGCAACAACAACUGUAGAACCUGACGUAUCUUGUGGAAACCUGACGUGUCAUGGUCCAUUCACUGCCAGUUGCAAUCUUAUAGAACCUCAACCAUGCAAGUGCAAAGUCGGUUUCGAGGGUUUGGAAUGUAAGUCCGACGUAGAUGAGUGCAAAAAAGGAAGCCCUUGUAGAAACAGAGGACCAUGCACCAACACAGUAGGGAGCUUCAGGUGUGCGUGUCUAGAUGGAUGGGCGGGUGACCACUGUGAAAAUGAGACCGGUAGUCCACAAGAAUGCAUGCCGGGAUGGACUUUACCAAGAUGCACAACCGAUAUUGACGAAUGCAGCAAUACAUCGCUUUUUUCAUGCGGUACUCACCAGCGAUGCAAUAAUAUGCGAGGAAAUUACACAUGUGUAUGCGACAAAGGGUGGAUCGGUCUCGAUUGCAUGUUGGACAUCAACGAAUGUGAUCAGAAUCCAUGUCAGAAUUCAGGAACCUGUACUAACACGCAAGGCUCUUUUAAUUGCAACUGUCUCUCUGGCUGGACUGGCACAUUGUGUGCGACUAAUGUAGAUGAAUGCGUUGUGUCGCCGUGUAUGAAUAAUGCAACAUGUACGGACACUGAAGGCGCAUAUGCAUGUUUGUGUCACACGAAGUGGACGGGGAAAAACUGUUCGAUCGAGAAUCAUUGUUUCUCGUCUCCUUGCUCGAACAACGGCACUUGUAACAAUCAGCCGACCGGCUAUAAUUGUUCCUGCCAGAGAGGGUGGACGGGAGAGAAAUGUACAUUAGAUAUAGACGAAUGCAAUAAUCCACGGCCAGCUUGUAUGAACAAUGGGAACUGUACGAACACAGAAGGGUCGUUUUAUUGUGAAUGCCCAGUGGAAUGGGAAGGGGACACAUGUGAAACCGAUGUGAACGAGUGCUUAAGCACUUCUGCCCCUUGUAUGUACGAGUCGACGUGCAGCAAUACGAAAGGAUCGUAUUUCUGCAUUUGUGGCAGCGGUUUAACAGGUCGUAAUUGCGAGAGUGACCUAGACGAAUGUCUAACAGCGCCAUGUUUGAACAACGGGACAUGUAACAAUACCGUUGGUUCUUUCAACUGCGCAUGCACACGGAACUGGACUGGCACAAUGUGCGAAGUGGACCUCUCUGCGAGUUUUGCUCCAUUUUCCGGUGGUGCUGGUUUUGGAACGGAGAACACGUGGGUGAUAUCGGGUCCGGUGCUAGUGUGCCUUCUUGUAGUUGGGGGAUUGGUCGCUGGAAUUGUUGUCUUCAACAAACUACAGUCGAACAAAAUUCAGCACAAUAUAGCACAUUCUUCUGCUGAUAAGCCUGCAGCCAGGAGUUCAUCUGCGACUGACGUAGGUGGGACGUCCGCACCUGAGGUGAAGCCAGCGUUGGUGGACAGAAUCAAGGGAACAUUGUCGACAGGAAUGAUGCGGUUGCAAUCCUUUGGGUCUGGGCUCUGGCAGGGCAUAAAAAGACUGUUAACGCGAGUUUAAAAACUGCGAUACAGUAUUUGCUUUGUUUUUGUAUGCGGUUUACAUAUGUGUAGGUAUUUUACUGUAUAGGUACGUUUUUAGCUUAUAAUGUUCACAGUAUAAUAUUUAUGGAUGAUUAAGUCAAGUUGCAUAAUAUUAUCGUACAGCUGUUUAUAAAAAUUAUGUGUGUUUAUUGUAGACUUGUUUUCGUACAAUUAAAUCUUAUACUGAAAUACAAAGCUUACCUACAUAUACUAUUUGGAUAUAAUA